CCUGGGGCAGAGGAGAGGGGAGGACUUAAGAGGGGUGCCAAGGUGAAAGAUUGGAAUAUUCCUGAAAGACCAGCCAGAUUUCUGAAACCAGAAACACUCCUGGGAAGAACUGGGGGCUCCAGGCGCGCGACGAUCUCCUCGCACUAACGGAGCGCUCGCAAGGUUGGUCCCAUGGGUAGGAUUCCGAGCUGCAAUUCCCUCCGGCCCCCUGGGAUUUGCUACCUUCUUAGAUACUUGUUCGCUGGACUGCUCUUACCAUGGGCUGUCGCCUUCAAUCUGGAUGUGAUGGGCGCUCUGCGCAAGGAAGGAGAAGCUGGCAGCCUCUUCGGCUUCUCGGUAGCCCUGCACCGACAAUUACAGCCUCGACCCCAGAGCUGGCUGCUGGUGGGUGCUCCCCAGGCCCUGGCUCUUCCUGGGCAGCAAGCAAAUCGCACUGGAGGCCUCUUUGCUUGUCCCCUGAGCCUAGAGGAGACGGACUGCUACCGAGUCGACAUCGACCGGGGAGCUAAUGUGCAAAAGGAAAGCAAGGAAAACCAGUGGUUGGGAGUCAGUGUUCGGAGCCAGGGACCCGGGGGCAAGAUUGUCACCUGUGCACACAGAUAUGAGUCUCGACAGAGAGUGGACCAGAUCCUGGAGACUCGGGAUGUGAUUGGCCGCUGUUUUGUGCUAAGCGAGGACCUGGCCAUCCGUGAUGAGUUGGAUGGUGGGGAGUGGAAGUUCUGUGAGGGGCGCCCCCAGGGCCAUGAACAGUUUGGGUUCUGCCAGCAGGGCACAGCUGCCACCUUCUCCCCCGACAGCCACUAUCUCGUCUUUGGGGCUCCAGGAACCUAUAACUGGAAGGGCACAGCCAGAGUGGAGCUCUGUGCACAGGGCUCGUCGGACCUGGCACACCUGGACGAUGGGCCCUACGAGGCAGGGGGCGAGAAGGAGCAAAACCCCCGCCUCAUUCCGGUCCCUGCCAACAGCUACUUUGGUUUCUCCAUUGACUCUGCAAAGGGUCUCUUGCGUGCCGAAGAGCUGAGUUUUGUGGCAGGGGCUCCCCGUGCCAACCACAAAGGGGCUGUGGUCAUUCUGCGCAAGGAUAGUGCCAGCCGCCUGAUACCCGAGGUUGUGCUGUCUGGGGAGCGCUUGACCUCUGGCUUUGGCUACUCACUGGCCGUGGCUGAUCUCAACAAUGAUGGCUGGCCAGACCUGAUUGUGGGUGCCCCUUACUUCUUUGAGCGCCAAGAAGAGCUGGGAGGUGCUGUGUAUGUGUACAUGAACCAGGGUGGCCACUGGACAGACGUUCCUCCUCUCCGGAUCUGUGGCUCCCCUGACUCCAUGUUUGGGAUCAGCUUGGCUGUCUUGGGAGAUCUCAACCAAGAUGGUUUCCCAGAUGUUGCCGUGGGAGCUCCCUUUGAUGGAGAUGGGAAAGUCUUUAUCUACCACGGGAGCAGCCUGGGGAUGGUUGUCAAACCUUCACAGGUGCUGGAGGGCGAGGCCGUGAGCAUCAAGAGCUUUGGUUACUCCCUGUCUGGUGGCCUGGAUGUGGACGGGAACUACUACCCAGACUUGCUCGUGGGCUCUCUGGCUGAUGCUGCUGUGCUGUUCAGGGCCAGACCUGUUCUUCAUGUCUCCCAAGAGAUCUUCGUUGCUCCCAGAGCCAUCGACCUAGAACAGCCCAACUGUGCUGGAGGACGCCUGGUCUGUGUGGACAUCAGGAUCUGUUUCAGCUACACGGCGGUGCCCAGCAGCUAUAGCCCUGUUGUGGCCCUGGAUUACUCGUUAGACGGGGACACGGACCGGAGGCUCCGGGGUCAGGUUCCACGAGUGACUUUUCUGAGCCGAGGCCUGGAUGACCUCAAGCACCAGUCCUCAGGCACUGUAUGGCUGAAGCACCAACAGGACCGAGUCUGUGGAGAUGCCAUGUUCCAGCUGCAGGAAAAUGUCAAAGACAAGCUUCGGGCCAUUGUGGUGACCCUGCAAUAUAGUCUCCAAACCCCUCGGUUACCGUUACGUUGGCGGCGACAAGCUCCUGGCCAGGGGCUCCCCGCUGUGGCUCCCAUCCUUAGCGCUCACCAGCCGAGCACCCAGAGGACAGAGAUCCACUUCCUGAAGCAAGGCUGUGGCGAAGAUAAGAUCUGCCAGAGUAACCUGCAGCUGGUGCAGGCCCGAUUCUGUUCCCGGAUCAGUGACACAGAGUUCCAGCCUCUGCCCAUGGAUGUGGAUGGAGCAACGGCCCUGUUUGCACUGAGUGGGCAGCCAUUUAUAGGCCUGGAGCUGACAGUCACCAACCUGCCCUCGGACCCCGCCCAUCCUCAGGCAGAUGGGGAUGACGCCCAUGAAGCCCAGCUCCUGGUCACCCUACCACCCUCGCUGCACUACUCGGGUGUCCGGGCCCAGGACUCCGCGGAGAAGCCGCUCUGCCUGUCCAAUGACAAUGCCUCUCACGUUGAGUGCGAGCUGGGGAACCCUAUGAAGAGAGGGGCCCAGGUCACUUUCUACCUCCUCCUCAGCACCUCUGGAAUCACUAUUGAGACCACAGAGUUGGAGGUGAAGUUGCUGUUGGCCACGAUCAGUGACCAGGAGCUGCAUCCGGUUUCUGUUCGAGCUCAAGUCUUUAUUGAGUUGCCGCUGUCCAUUUCAGGGGUGGCCACUCCCCAACAGCUCUUCUUCUCUGGCGUGGUGAAGGGCGAGAGCGCCAUGCGAUCUGAGAGGGAUGUGGGCAGCAAAGUCAAGUACGAGAUCACGGUCUCCAAUCAAGGCCAGUCGCUCAACACCCUGGGCUCUGCCUUCCUCAACAUCAUGUGGCCCCACGAGAUUGCCAAUGGGAAGUGGUUGCUGUACCCCAUGCGGGUGGAGCUGGAGGGUGGACAGGGGCCUGGGAAGAAAGGGAUCUGCUCUCCAAGACCCAACAUCCUCCGCCUGGAUGUGGAGAGCAGGGAUAGGAGACGCCGAGAGCUGGAGCAGCCGGAACCGCAGCAGCCUCCCAAGAAGCUGGAGCCCAGCACAUCCUGGUGGCCAGUGUCCUCUGCUGAGAGGAAGAGAAACAUCACCCUGGACUGCGCCCAGGGUACCGCCAAGUGUGUGGUGUUUAGCUGCCCACUCUACAGCUUUGAUCGUGUGGCCGUGCUGCAUGUGUGGGGCCGCCUCUGGAACAGCACCUUUCUGGAGGAGUACAUUGCAGUGAAGUCCCUGGAAGUGAUCGUCCGAGCCAACAUCACAGUGAAGUCCACCAUCAAGAACUUGUUGCUCAGAGAUGCUUCUACAAUGAUCCCAGUGAUGGUGUACUUGGACCCCACGGCUGUGGUCGCAGAAGGGGUCCCCUGGUGGAUCAUCCUCCUGGCAGUGCUGGCUGGGCUGCUGGUGCUGGCCCUGCUGGUGCUGCUGUUGUGGAAGCUGGGGUUCUUCAAGCGUGCAAAGCACCCCGAGGCCGCUGUGCCCCAGUACCACGCAGUGAAGAUCCUUCGGGAAGACCGACAGCAGUUCAAGGAGGAGAAGACCGGAACCAUCCAGAGGAGUAACUGGGGCAACUCCCAGUGGGAGGGCUCUGAUGCACACCCCAUUCUGGAUGCUGACUGGCAUCCUGACCUGGGUCCUGAUGGAACGCCUGUGCCAGUCACUGCCUAACUUCCCUUGUCCCAGGCCUGUGCGUCUCUUCCACCCUUUCCCAAGAUGGCUCCUUGGGAUGGAGAUAGUGCAUUAGGUUGUUGGUAUCACACUGAGAUGUGGCAGGCUCUACUUCCUCAGGGGCAAAGACCUCUCCCACUGUGAGACACCCCCAACUUCCCCUUAGAAUGCUGUGAGCCGAGGGGGCAUUUCAGGGAUGGGCUG